GCGCCGGGGUCCCGGCAGAGAGGCGCGGGCGUUCCCGGAAGCCUCCCCAAAGUACGAGCGGCCGUGCCAGGCGGGGCCGGCUAUGCCUCCCGUCGCUGCGGUUCCCGCCGGCGACCGCGCGCCCGCGGCCUCGGGGGCACAGCCGGGCCCCGAGGAGGCCGCGCUGUGAGACGCCGGGGCCUAGCGGCCGCCGCGGCCACACCAGACGGGCACAGGGUCCCGCGUUCUCCCGCCUUCCUAGCGCUCUGCGGCCCCUCCUAGGCCCGCUGCCUCAGCGCCGGCCACCAUGGCCUUCGCCGCCCCGGAGAGCGCGGGCGUGGGGCGCGGGCUGUCGCCGCGGAACCUGGCGCUACGCGGGCUGCUGCUGCUCUGCUUGUGGCUGCCGAGCGUCAGCGCGUCCGGCCCGCCGUCCGCGCCGCUGUCCGAGCUGCACGCGCAGCUCUCGGGAGUGGAGCAGCUGCUGGAGGAGUUCCGCCGGCAGCUGCAGCAGGAGCGGCCACAGGAGGAGCUGGAGCUGGAGCUGCGCGAGGGCGGCGGGCCCCCAGAGGAGGGCUGCCCAGGCCCGGGCGGCGGCGGCUACAGCGCCAUGCCGGACGCCAUCAUCCGCACCAAGGACUCCCUGGCCGCGGGCGCCAGCUUCCUGAGCGCGCCGGCGGCUGUACGUGACUGGCGGCAGUGCGUGGCGGCCUGCUGCUCCGAGCCGCGCUGCUCGGUGGCCGUGGUGGAGCUGCCCCGGCGGCCCGCGGCCCCCGCCGCCGCCCCCGCCGCGCUCGGCUGCUACCUCUUCAACUGCACCGCCCGCGGCCGCAGCGUGUGCAAGUUCGCGCUGCACCGCGGCUACAGCAGCUACAGCCUCAGCCGCGCCCUGGACGGCCGGCGGGAAGACCUGGAAGCCUCGCCGCGCACGGAAAAGGAUAAACCCCCACUUAGCAAGGCCGGGCGGGAUGUGAUCUUGCAACUACCUACAGACGGAGUAGUUUUGGACGGCCGUGAGAGCACGGAUGACCAUGCCAUCGUCCAGUAUGAAUGGACACUGCUGCAGGGUGACCCAUCAGUGGACAUGAAGGUGCCUCAGUCAGGAACCCUCAAGCUGUCCCACUUACAAGAGGGAACAUACACCUUUCAGCUCACGGUGAUGGACACCGCCGGGCAGAGAAGCUCCGACAACGUCUCAGUGACAGUGCUCCCGGUGGCCUUCUCCACGGGAGGUGAGAGGAAGGUCCUUCCCUUGCAUUCACAGUGGCCAACCGACGCCAGCUCUUCAUGGGAGGAUGGAUGCCUGAAGGUUUGCUCACGAUACCACUUCUUUUGUGACGAUGGCUGUUGCAUUGACAUCACGCUGGCUUGCGAUGGAGUGGAGCAGUGUCCUGAUGGGUCUGAUGAGGCUUUCUGCCAAAAUUUGAGCCUUGACCGGAAGACGGUGACCCACACAGCAACUGCCCAGCCUAGAACCACAGGACCAAGCAAAGAUGCAGCAGGAAGCUCCUUCUUGGAAAAGUCCCUGAAAGUCCCUGUCCAAAACCAGCCACCAGCGUUAUCAAACACGGAGAAGAGGAAUCAUUCCAUGUUUGGGGGACCAGAGAGUCAAACCAGUCCUGUGAUACCAGAUCGUGGUUCCUCAGGGAAGAACAGAAAAGAGGAAAAUUACAUUUUUGAGUCCAAGAGCCAUCGAGGAGGACGAGGAGGGGAACACCCGGCCCCAGAAACAGGCGCGGUGCUGCCACUGGCCCUGGGCUUGGCCAUCACGGCUCUGCUGCUCCUCAUGGUUGCUUGCCGGCUGCGCCUGGUGAAACAGAGACUGAAGAAAGCUCGGCCCAUCACGUCUGAGGAGUCUGACUACCUCAUCAACGGGAUGUAUCUGUGACAAAUGUCACUCGAGGGGCAGGGGGCGAGGCUGUUUUCCUCAUCAUUGAUCCAUAGAUUGGUUCUGCGUCUUUAUAACCUCUUUGAUCUGAACUGGGCUGAGAAAAAUACCGAAACCCCAGAAAAUUCUGCAAACCCCAAACCUGUUUUUAUUUAUUGUAGAGUUUCUUUG